UGAUGAUCGAGCCGGAGCUGAAGGUCUGAGACGAUGCUGCAGAAAUAUUGCGCCUCCAGCUUCCUGCGGGGUUUGUGUGCGGGAUUAACCGCCGGUACUUAGCUCUGUGCGGGUGUGUGCGUGUGCUGUGCGCAGACGCAGGGCGCUCGGAGCCGCCAGCCAGCCGCGUCAGGUGGAUGCGCCUGCAGUGAUCCAGGUCGCCCCUAUGGAUCGCGUCCAUGGACGUCUUCAAACCCGCGGUGGACAAUAGUUUGAGUCCCAAUGCGCGCGGUUCCUCGCCAGAAGACGCAGAGGCGGAUGUGUUUCGCUGGCCCACACCGCGGGAUGGAGUGCGCGCCGCGCCGGGUGCGGGACGCGGCGCGCCGGGCUACUGGACGGCCGUGUUCGACUAUGAAGCGACUGCGGACGACGAGCUCAGCCUGCGGAGAGGGGACCUGGUGGAGCUCCUGUCCAAGGACUCCCUGGUGUCCGGGGAUGAGGGCUGGUGGACCGGGAUGAUAGCGGACCGGGUCGGCAUCUUCCCGUCCAACUACGUGAGCAAAGGGAACGGCAUUCCGAAGGAGAUCCGGGACACGUCGGAGCAGCAGUACCCGCUGCCUCCUCUGCACCUCCUGGAGAUUGAUUUCUCAGAGUUGACCCUGGAGGAGAUCAUCGGCGUGGGCGGUUUCGGGAAAGUCUACCGCGCGGUGUGGCGCGGCUCAGAGGUGGCGGUGAAGGCGGCGCGACGGGACCCUGACGAGGACGUGGAGCAAACUCUGGAGAGCGUGCGGCAGGAGGCCAAGCUCUUCGCCAUGCUCAACCAUCCCAACAUCAUGGCUCUGCUGGGGGUGUGUCUGCAGGAGCCCAACCUGUGUCUGGUCAUGGAGUUCGCCCGGGGUGGCCCCCUCAACCGGGCCCUGGCGGGGAAACGCAUCCCUCCCUGCACGCUGGUGGACUGGGCCGUGCAGAUUGCUCGGGGCAUGCUCUACCUCCACACCCAGGCCAUCGUCCCCAUCAUCCACCGGGACCUCAAGUCCAGCAACAUCCUGAUCCUCGAGCGGGUCGAGAUGGAAGACCUCCGCAACAAGACCCUGAAGAUCACAGACUUCGGCCUGGCUCGAGAGUGGCACCGCACCACCAAGAUGAGCGCCGCAGGCACCUACGCCUGGAUGGCUCCCGAAGUCAUCCGCUCGUCUACUUUCUCCAAGGGUAGCGACGUCUGGAGUUACGGCGUGCUGUUGUGGGAGCUGCUGACUGGAGAAGUUCCUUUCCGGGGUAUCGACGGCCUGGCGGUGGCGUACGGCGUGGCAAUGAACAAACUCGCUUUGCCCAUUCCUUCCACUUGUCCUGAGCCCUUUGCCCGUCUCAUGGAGGACUGCUGGAGCUCGGACUCUCACUGCCGGCCACAGUUCACGUCUGUGUUGGACCAUCUGACGGCCAUCGAGGAGUCGGGCUUCUUUGAAAUGCCAGCAGAGUCUUUCCACUCUCUGCAGGACGACUGGAAACUGGAGAUCCAGGAAAUGUUCGAUGAACUGAGGACCAAGGAAAAGGAGCUGCGAUCGUGGGAAGAGGAGCUGACCCAAGCGGCGCUGCAGCAGAAGUGCCAGGAGGAGGCGCUGAGGAGGCGCGAGCAGGAACUGGCCGAGCGGGAGAUCCACAUCCUGGAGCGAGAGCUCAACAUCAUCAUUCACCAGCUCUACCAGGAAAAGCCUCACGUGGAGAGCAGGCAGGGCAAGUUCCGCCGCAACCGCCUUAAACUCAAGGAUGGGAACAGGAUCAGCUUACCCUCAGAUUUUCAGCAUAAAAUCACCGUGCAGGCCUCUCCCUCCCACGAUCGGCGGAAGAGUUUGCUCAGCAGCAGUUCCAGCCCCCCGACCAGUCCGCCCAUGCUCCCCCGCCUGAGAGCCAUCCAGCUCACUCCAAGAGAGGGGUGUGUCGGCUGGGGUCGCAACACAGGUUUCCAGCCGGACGAUGAGGAGGGUGAGAGGAAGGGGUCCAGGAAGAAGGGCAGGUCCCGUGGGUGUGGCCCGUACAGGGAGCACAGCGCUGACGCCAGUGUGAAGCCUCCCUAUGAGUGCAGCAGGCAGCGGUCCUGCAGCGCCCCAAACCUCCGCAGAUCCCCCAGACACAGUCCAGCGGUGCCCGGAGUGCCGAGCCUUGUGGAGAUGGAAAAUGAAGACUGCUGCUUCUCUACUGAGCCGGGAGCCGCCCCUGGUCAGUCCUACCUCUGCAUCCCCUUCCAAAAGGACGCCCACUCAGCUGCUCCCGCUGAGAGCGACGGGGACGAGUACUGCCCCAGUGGCCAGGUGCCAGGAACCCCACCGUGCAGGAAGAGCCACGGAGGCGGUCGGCGCUCUGAGCUGGUGCUGCUGGGCUGUGGAGCUUUCCUGGCAGCCGUCGGACUGGGCUGCAGCCUGUUGACUCUGGCCCAACCAGAGGAGAGCAUCAAACCCCGGUGGGAGGGCUUCUUCCACAGAACAGGGGGCCAGCGGCGAAGCACCAGCCCCCCGACUCGCAGACUGUUCAGGCGGGAGAGCCCGCUGAAGCCCUCGGCGCCCUCGCUACCUGAGCGAGGUGUACCCCCUUCUUACACACUGCUGUCCUUAUCAUCAGUGUCCGACUGCAACUCCACCCGCUCACUGCUGCACUCUGACAGUGAGGAAGUGGUGGUCUGCCGCCCUGCCUCACCCCCACCACAACCGUCUUUCAUCCUGCAACACCCAGCCAUUCGAAACCCGGUGAACCCACUGGUCAACACCCACCUGGAGAGCUUCAAGCGGAACCCCCGACAGUCUCUGACGCCCACACACGUUCCCUGCCCCCCGACUUCCUCACGGAGUCUGCGUCGAACACCAUCAGACGGAGCCAUCAAGAAAAGCUGCCUUCCCAAUAAUCUGGAACCAUUGCCAGAAAAAUCAGCGUUACAGAACACAGGUGGCUUCAGAGGUCUAAAGGAGGAUGAGGUCCCCCGACUCCCUGAUCCUAACCUUGUGUUCCCUCCAACGCCUCGUCGCCGCUGUGCUCCUGAACGCCCCAAAACCCUAGACUUUGUAGCUCGGCCUCGGCCUUCGCCACGGGUGCGCUCUGACGUGUUCUGGCCGGAGGGGAGGCCCAGGGGAAAUGGACAAAACCUGGGUAGCGGUGAAUCCCCCGCCCACACCUCAAGCACGGAAACUCCCCCGACGGUAGAGUUUGGGAGAGACCCGGCAGUGCUGCCCACCCCGUUAGACGCCCCGACGCCCUUCUCCUCUCGCAAGAACGAUAACCUGUUGGACCGGCAGGAUGAGGGACAGUACCGGGAUGGAACCGUCCCACUCUGCAAACCGGAGAUCAGCUUUCCCAAAGACUCACCUCAUCGCUACAGACCUGGAUUCUGGUCCUAGCUCAGCACCAACCUCUCACUGGUCCAACACAAGCAGAGGGCUGCCUUUGCCUUUGGUUGGUUACAGGUCAAUGGAGACAGUUUUUAGCUUUAACUGGUACUAAAGACUUUUGUUGUUUUACCAAUGUGGCAUCUGAAACUACGUCAGAGUAUUUGAAGAAAAGAAAUCCUGAGAUUUUGAGAAUAAUUUCAUAAUAUUACGAGAUUAUUGUUGUAAUAAGAUGAUCUUCUCAUGCCACCGCCUCUAAAAUGACACGAAGCUUAACAUGACGACUUUAUUCUCAUAAUAUUAUAACUUUAUUCAUGUUAUAUUCUGACUUUAUUCCUGUAAUAUUCAGACUUUAUUCUCGUAUUAUUAGGACUUUAUUCUGAUAAUAUUACAACUUUAUUCUUGUAAUAUUACAACUACUCUCGUAAUCCCAACAUUUCCCCCCCUUUAAAUGGCCCUAAUACUCCGUUGUAUUAAAACAAACCUUGGAAAGUAAUUGAAAAAAUCAUUUGACGCAGGUUUGAUUGUUAAUGCAUCAGAAGGAUAAAAUAAUAAUUUUCUUCACCCUGUCA